AGGUGGGAGAACAAACCCUCUUUCUCCUUUAGCGGGGUUUAGCUACGAGGCGUCGAGGCCUAAUCGAUGUUAUAGAUUUUUUUUUUCUUCAUACCUGCCUUGUAGGGCUGAGUGAGAGAGCUUCUUUACAUAUUGAUAGAUAGAUCGUAAUAAAAAAGGCCAACUUGAGAUUUUCCAUUCUUGUGGUCAGUGAUUCAACCCUAAUCGAUCUAGGUCAUUCGAUUUCUUUCUUAUCUGAGUCUAUUUUGAUCGGAAUCGGCAUCGGAAGAAGAGUGAAUUGUUCAUCCUUGUCUUGCCAUGGCCAUGUAUAUUCGUGUGAAGCGCAUGAAAACAACUUACUUUAUCCAGUGUGAUCCAACAGAGACUGGUUUGGAUGUUAAGCAGAAACUGUUUGCCCUCAUUGAGCAACCAGUUAGCAAUCAGCGUCUGGUUUUAAUGUCUACUGAAGAAAUAUUAGAAGACUCAAAGACUUUAGCGGAUCAGAAGGUUGAGAAUGAUGCAGUCGUGGCUCUGGCUUUGAGGAAAGAUGAUAACGAGUUUGAGGAUGUCAACAUUGCUCAGCCCACCGACUUCUCGAUUUCAUGAAGAGUUACUGCAACAGGGAAAACUUCGCUUCAACAGGAGAAGUAUUGAUUCAAACACAUGGGGAGGAAGAAGCUAUUUCUUUGUGUCCUCUGCUACUUGUGUCAACCGCCUCUUUAGUUGUUACAGACAAUUGUUGUAAGUAAAAGAUAUUGAGAUGUGGAAGCUUGAUUGCAACUUGCAAGAUGAUUAAGUUUUUUUCAAUGAAGUAAUAAUAACAGACUCUUAUCUUUCA